AUGCCGGAGACCGGAGACAUCGAUCGUCAGAUCGAGCAGCUAAUGGAGUGUAAAGCGCUAUCCGAAGCGGAGGUGAAGACUCUGUGUGAGCACGCGAGGGCGAUUCUGGUGGAGGAGUGGAAUGUUCAGCCGGUCAAGUGUCCGGUCACCGUCUGCGGCGAUAUCCACGGCCAAUUUUACGACCUCCUCGAGCUUUUUCGGAUCGACGGUUCCUCGCCUGACACCAAUUACCUUUUCAUGGGCGAUUAUGUAGAUCGAGGGUACUAUUCAGUGGAGACAGUCUCGCUCUUGGUAGCUCUGAAAGUUCGAUACAGAGAUAGACUUACAAUCCUAAAAGGGAAUCACGAAAGCAGGCAAAUUACUCAAGUGAAAUAUGGGAAUGCUAAUGUCUGGAAGCAUUUCACUGACCUUUUUGAUUAUCUUCCUCUCACAGCUCUCAUCGAGAGUCAGGUGUUCUGUUUACAUGGAGGACUCUCACCUUCUUUAGAUACACUUGACAACAUCAGAUCUUUAGAUCGAAUUCAAGAAGUUCCACAUGAAGGACCAAUGUUUAACCACACCAAUGGACUCACGCUGAUCUCAAGAGCGCACCAGCUUUUCAUAGAAGGUUUCAACUGGUGCCAAGAGAAGAACGUUGUGACUGUGUUCAGUGCACCGAAUUACUAG